CUCGGAGCAUGAGUGCGCCGGCAACUGCUGGGCCCGGGACAGUGAAGCAGAGGAGGAGGUGGGGGAGGCGAGCCCAGGGCAGGGAAGGGCAACCCUUGAAUCACCCGUGGGGCACAGACUGGCCGGCUCCGGGGAGCCGAGGCCUGGCGAUGCAGCCCCGGGGUUCUCCCGCUCCCCGCUGGCCCGAGGGCGCACCACGUGCUGGGCAGAGACUUCGGCGAGGCCGAGUGGACCCUGCAGCUCCGCUUGGGAAAGGGCACCUUGGACUACCUGGUGGGGGCGUUGUGCUUCGUUACCCAGCGCCGGGACGCCAACCCACGGUGCCCACCCGUUGCAAGGUCACACGGAUGUCUGCAGGCAGAGGUGGGGCUGCCCUUGUGGGGAAGUGCUUGCUGCGAGGGUUUAAUCGGGCUCUUCUGCUGGCCCUAAAUACGGUGGACAGGACAGGACAUUCUCAUUGCUCAGGAGCCACUGGCGCUGCCUUUGGGAAUGAAAUUCCACAGCCUCGCACUCCUGGCUUUGUCUGUCUGCUGCAUCUGAAACUGUAGGAGGGUCAGGAGGAAGGCUGCAGGGGCGAAUGGCUCUACCGGCUUGCCAGCGAUGGGGUACUGGAGCAGCCAGUGGCCCCAAGAGGAGGAAGGAAGGGAGGCACGGCAGAUCCAACACCAGCUGUGCCAGGCUUUGGGGGGUAAACCCAUGAGGCAUCGUCACACAUUGACAUUUUCAUCCCUCCUCAGCAGCUGC